CUCCUCCGUAUCAUCAUCCUCGACGCGAUAAUCAUUGGUUGUGCGCGAGUGGCGACCGGCUCGGUAUCGCGCGCGUCCCAACAUGUGCUCCUUGAUAAUAAUUCUGGCUUCAAGAUAAAAGCCGCGGCCGAUGCUCGGGGACAGCACCACGAGCCACUGGAUGAUGAGACCCUCGGCAAAGACGACCACGACGACGACGACGACGACGACGACGACGACGACGACGACGACUAUGAUGGUCCAGAAGCGACUUUGAUGGACAAAGAAGCUAGUGCGCGCUGCUUGAGUCGACCCCCCAAGAGGUACGAGAUCUACUCGAACAAGAGGCCCAGAGAGCAGUCGAGGAUGCCGAGGAACGCCACUAGCUUGCAGCCCAUCGAGGAGUCCAAUUCCGGGAAGUCCGCGAGCAACGAGCAGCACGACAAGGACAGCCUGAACGAAACGGGGAGCACGACGGGCGGUAUCGUAGAUGGUGCCCCAGGAGGGGCCGGGCCAUCCUCCAGGGUAGAAAGAGGCCUCGACGGAGACUCAUCCAUGCCACCAUUGCGCAACCACUCGCCAUCCCCCAAGUCACUCGUCUCGAGGAUACUGGCGAGGUCGAGGACGCCCGACGACCUUCUCGACCAGUCCGAGCCAUUUUCAGAAUUAUGGGUGGUCCUGUCCAACGUCUACGGGGAGCUCGUGAUCGUGCUGACGAUGGCCCUGUGCCUGGCCGAGGUCAUGGACACACCCGUGCCACUGCUCAGUCUGCAGGGCAUCUUCCUCAUGUACAUGUACGUGGGCAGCAUCGCUGUGAUAAUCGGCAUCUACAUAUGGGUGCUGAUCGACAGCUGUGGCAGCAUCCGCUCAGGGACGACGGGCUUCCAGGACGCGGAGCUCGGCGGCGCCUCCCUCACGAGGUUCGGCUCGCUCAAGCGGGCUCAUAUAUCCAGGGCGAGGACCUCGCCGACCAGCUUCUACAUUCGCGUUGGCGCAUUGCUUUUUGGCCUGGCCACGCUGGUAUUUAAUGGGCUGGAGAUGGCGAUGCAUUCGAUGAUGCAAGGCGCCGAGUGUCUCAACGACGUUAUCUUCGUUCAUCCGGUGCUCCACGGACUCUUCACUUUCUUACAGAUGCACUUCCUCUUCGUCAACUCUCAAGUGCUGGUGGAAAAAUUCGGGCUAGCCGCGCGAUUUGGCUUCACGCAUCUCGCAGCGACGAAUAUCGCCGUCUGGGCCCGCCUUGUUAUCUGGGACUCGGCUCAGGAGUGGACCUACUUCGUGCACGUGGCCCAACGGGGACCAUUGACCGGUGCAUCACCCCUCAAUCUCCGACGAUUCCCAGGAUCGCUCACGAAGCAGACGCGAGAAGUUUCUGACGAGUUGCCCUAUCAGAAUUAUAAUCCAGUGGAUAGAUACGAACCAAUUUCUCAGGAGCAAAUUUCGCAAGUUGUAGCUUUACAAGAGUGCCUAAAUACAAAUACUUUGGGUCAACUUUGGACGUCGAGUAUGCCUUUUCUUUAUCCCUUCAUCGUACAAUUCAGCCUGAUAGCGGCGGCGGUGACGUUCGUGAUGGGCCAGAACGUCGGCCGCUCGGCUCGGCUGCUGCACAAGAAGUUUCACAGCAUGAAGGAUCUGCCGAGUUCCGGGCGUAUCGGCUGCGACGGCUCGAGCAAAGGCCUCUUCCUCGGCAUCCUCUGCAUGGUCGCCGGUAUCGUCGUCAUCCUAAUAUUCCUGGUGGUGCGCGAGGACGAUCACUUCCCGUCGGCGACCCUUUCCUGGCUCACCUGCGGCACUCUCAUCGGCAUACUCGCACUCAGCGGUCUCAUGACCGCCAGCGGCCUCGUCCAGAUCAGGCAGAUGUCCGUCGUCUCGAGGCUGCCCGCUCCACUCGACACCCUCCUCUCGAACGUCGCCCUCUUCGGUGUCCAGCUCUACUCGGUCUUCACCAUCGUCGUCUGCGCCUGCUCGCUGGCUACCUUGGAGGCGCCCGGACUCGAGCCCAACAAGGACAUCGAGGAUAUGCGCGGGAGGCACACGAUGCUCCUUGCGGCGUCGGUUCUACAAUUACUCCAGUGCUUCGCACAAAGUACACUCAUAGCCGAGGCCUCCAAGAGAUGUUGCAUCACGCGCUUCCAAAUCAUAGCCAAGCCAGGCCGGCAGAUCAUCACGUUUCUGCUGUUUAGUAAUGCGGUACUGUGGGCCUUCGAUACCGUUGUCACGCAGAACUGGAUAUCGCAGGAAUUACAGCUGAGAUUUUUCGGUGUCCUGGCAUGGGGCAUCAUAUCCAGGAUCGGCUUGCCUCUGCUAAUCUUCUAUCGAUUCCACAGCUGCGUCUUGUUGCUGGAGGCGUGGAACAAAUGCUAUAGGACACUCAAGAGCGACCAUCCACUCAACUGACGACACAGAGUGGCUGAAAACUUUGCCUCCAGGUUUAAGCCGAGGACCUGGAGCGACAACCGCAAGCCCAAUAACUGUCGCUACAGGCGACGCAAUGUCAAGCUGGACGUCCGGCGUGGCUCGUGCAACAGUCACAAGAGCGGCUAUCUACACCCUUAUACGGAGAGCGCGAGCUGGCUGUACCUGGAGCCGAGCCUCGGUCCGUCGACGCCACGAGGCGCUUCUCGACGCCGGCGACCCCCGAGGAAGCGCGAGCGCCCGAGCGAGGACGAAUUUGGGGGAGUCGUCGCCAGGACCUCGACCUUCCGCAAAGUGCCAUGGCACCCGAACCUCCACAUGCUUAAGAUCAGACGAGCCUGAGAACUUUAAAGCCCGCAGACGCCAACCGUUUUUUCUCUCUAUCUCUAUUUCGUGCAAUGGACGCCACGUGAUGAGCGUGUUAGUUCUUUGUUAUCAUUUGGAUGGAAGGCCGUCGCGAACAAUUUUCGGACAAACGCACGGCAAGUGGUAAGCAAUUCGGUGUCGUUUGCUGCUGCUCUUGCUGUUACUUUAGUAUCUCCGAAACUAUUUAUUAUUAUCAAUUUGUAUCUUGCGAAUAUCGUAGAAUAUAAUAAGGCGAUGGAAUGCAUUUUCUGUAUAUAGUUUUAACAAGUACUUUGGGCAUUCUUUUGCUAUAAAUUAAAUAUUAAUCGCGAGACUGGAUAAAUGAAUAUCAAUUUUAAUUGAACUUACGGAAUUGAAGUAAUUUCAAUUAAUGGCAAUUGCAAUAACUUAUGUGGGCGGCGUAAUA